UAAGUGCACGCUCUGUCGCGACUGUGUAAUAUGACUGUGUAUAUGUUUUUGUUGGAUAUUAUGGUGAGUGUUUUGAUAAUACACAGAUCACGGCAUUGAUGACGACGAAAUGAAGAUGGAAGUGAGACGGAAGAACUGCGGCUACUUCAACAUGGAACAAGUCCUAGAGAAGGACAACUUGUUGUCCUUUGGAGGCUUUCGGAACCUUCGUCCGGAUAUAAUGCCUCCAGGGCUCAGUGGUGUCUUUCGUCAGAAACCACCCGGGGCAUGCGAUCGUCGAUUAUCUGCAUUAUCGUCAUAUGUGCGGGCCGCAUGCUCUCUGAAUACUUCGCCCGGUAGUAUCGGAAAUUUAUUCUCACGCAAAAUGGCGACCUCCGCAAAUACAUUAACUCCGUGGCCCAAUAGCCAAGAAGAUUAUGAAUUACGCGAUGUUAUCGGAGUCGGAGCCACGGCUGUUGUGUAUUCUGCAUUGUGCAAGCCAAGAAAUGAAAAAUGUGCCAUUAAGAGAAUUAACUUAGAAAAAUGGAAUACUUCCAUGGACGAGUUAUUAAAAGAAAUACAGGCUAUGUCGAGCUGCAACCAUACAAAUGUAGUGACAUACUACACCAGUUUUGUUGUCAACGAUGAGCUGUGGUUAGUCCUUAGGUUGUUAGAAGGAGGAAGCCUCUUAGAUGUGAUUAAACAUAAGAUGAGAGUAACAAACUGCAGGCACGGUGUUUUUGAUGAGGCGACCAUUGCUACCGUCUUAAAGGAAGUUUUGAAGGGCUUAGAAUAUUUCCACAGCAACGGUCAAAUACACAGGGAUAUAAAGGCUGGCAACAUAUUACUAGGUGAGGAUGGUACGGUGCAAAUAGCGGACUUUGGUGUAUCUGCCUGGCUGGCUACAGGCAGAGACCUGUCCAGGCAGAAGGUCAGGCACACAUUUGUUGGAACCCCAUGCUGGAUGGCCCCGGAGGUCAUGGAACAGGACCAUGGGUACGAUUUCAAAGCAGACAUCUGGUCGUUCGGGAUAACAGCUAUAGAGAUGGCCACGGGCACCGCACCCUACCACAAAUACCCACCUAUGAAAGUGUUGAUGUUGACACUACAGAAUGAUCCACCAAAUUUAGAUACAGGAGCUGAUGAGAAAGAACAGUACAAAGUCUAUGGGAAAACGUUUAGGAAAAUGAUCGUGGAUUGUCUACAGAAGGACCCUUCGAAGCGGCCUACUGCCACUGAACUGUUAAAGCACCCCUUCUUCAAAAAGGCUAAAGAUAAAAAGUACCUGACGCAAACGCUUGUUGCUAUCGGACCUAGCAUGGAGACUAGAGUUCAUAAGGCGAGCAAACGGCAGCCAGGUACGUCCGGUAGACUUCACCGGACAGUGACUGGUGAGUGGGUUUGGAGCGAGGAGGAGGAUGAUGACAAAGCUGGCUCAGACGAGGAGAAUGAUGACCGGAGACCUAUGAACGAGCUCCAGCGAGCAGACUCCAGCGGCAGUGAUAAUGAGGAUGAGCCUAUUGCCACCAAGAGUAACCAAAAACAGAAAGAAGAUCCACCUGUUAUUAACUUGGUAUUAAGAUUAAGGAACUCUGGCGGCGAACUGAACGACAUCCGCUUCGACUUCAUAACCGGCAAGGACACGGCCGCCGGCAUAGCGGGCGAGCUGGUCGGCGCGGGGCUGGUGGACCCGCGAGACUCCGCCCCCAUAGCCACCCACUUGGCCGAGCUGCUGGCGAACACCGCCCCCACCGUCACCUUCCCCCUGAAUUCAGCGCCGACAAACGAACAAUUCGACGACAAAACAUUGAUAGGCUUCGCUCAGAUAUCUAUAGCUGACUCCUAAAUAUAGUUACUCCUAAUAGUCACUGUUAUUAUUUUCUCAAUGGUGCUAGAAUAGGCUUGUUAGUAUCAAAAUUGUCUUAAAUCGACGUUCGAUGCAUUCCGCUUCUAUCAUACUGUUUUAAUCACUUUGAGAAUGAAAUAAACCUGUAUUUGCGAUUUUACUAUAUUUUAAUGUUGUGCGAUGCUUUGCGAAUUCUACAGUGUAAAUUUUUUUGAUUCAAAUGCCCGAAGUUUAACCCUGUUACUAAUAUUUACGUUGUGAAUAUAAGGUCUGCUUAUGUUAUGCGAUGGGCUAUCUGGCUCGUUGUAAAAGUGGCAUGACUAAGAGUUAAGACGGAUUUCAAAUAAGCUACGUAAAUUAGAAAGAGGGUAUAUGUUUAGAAACUUAUUUUCAUGUCUCGUCUGAUUGUCUUGUUUCGCCUACUCGUGUGAAUAAAAACAGAAGCUGGUUUUAAAUAGCUAAUCAUUAAAUGAAGUUAAUUACAAUAUGUCCAUUGCAGUAUUCUUUGCUUGACGUAUGUUUUAUUAUUAUAUGAGCAACCAGAAAUUGUUACUGUACCGGCCAAAAGAAAUGCUUCUCGAUCUAAUCGUAUGAAAGAUUUUCUCAACUUGUGAACGAGAUAAAUACCAAUGUUUAAGUACAAAAUUCUAAGCGCUCUGCGACCGUACUAUAGUUAUAAAUUUGCCAUAUUAUUAGGAUCAACUAAUACUGGGACAGAGUCGAAGCGACGCGUCAUGUUUUCGCCAAAGCAUAUUCAUUAUUAUCAUAGCUGGGCAUUAACUCGUUAAUCCGUUAAUCGUUAAUUAACAAA